CUCUUGAGGUGCCAGCGAACUGACUAACAUCCUGUCAAGUUUCUGGCUCUUAUCUCGCCGGAGAACCCUUUCACUUUCUCAUACUCCGGUGGAGGUGGAGCAAGAUGGAGGAUAAGGGCUCUGAAACUCUUCCCCUGAUCAAAUCAUCAUCAUCAUCUUCCGCAAGAGGGACAGCCUCCGUUGCUCAGACUUUUGGAAACAUCAUUGUCUCGAUUGUGGGCACCGGCGUUUUGGGUCUUCCGUUUGCAUUCCGGAUCGCUGGUUGGCUGGCCGGGUCGAUUGGCCUCCUCGUCGCUGGUGUCUUCACUUAUUACUGCAUGCUACUUCUGGUUCAAUGUAGGGAGAAGUUAGCAUCAGAGAGAGAAUCAGCAGAAACAGCAACAUAUGGUGACUUGGGAUACAAAUCCAUGGGGCCAGCAGGGGGUUAUUUGACAGAAUCUCUAAUUUUCCUAUCCCAAUUUGGGGGUUCUGUAGCAUACUUAGUGUUCAUAGGCCAAAACCUUGAAUCAGUAUUCAAAGGCCAUGGCUUUUCCAUGGCAUCUUUCAUAUUCUUGCUAGUACCAAUUGAAAUUCCCUUAUCAUGGAUAGGACCCCUCUCUGCUUUUGCACCCUUCAGCAUUUUGGCUGACAUAUGUAAUGUAUUGGCAAUGGCUAUGGUGUUGAAAGAAGAUAUUCAACAGGUAGUUAGAAGGGGUUUUUCAUUUGAUGGUAGGAAAGCUAUCACUUCUAACAUUGGAGGAAUUCCAUUUGCUGGAGGGAUGGCGGUGUUCUGCUUUGAGGGGUUUGGAAUGACACUGGCUUUGGAGGCAUCAAUGAAGAAGAAGGGGACAUUUCCUAAGGUGCUUGCUCUGGCUUUUUCAGCAAUAGCACUUUUGUAUCUUAUGUUUGGGAUCUUUGGUUACUUAGCCUAUGGCGAUGAAACAAGAGAUAUUAUAACGCUAAAUCUUCCUCAGAAUUGGACAGCUACUGCAGUCCAGGUUGGAUUGUGCUUGGGACUAGUUUUUACAUUCCCAAUGAUGCUGCGUCCCAUGAAUGAAAUUGUGGAGGGGAAAUUGAAGAGAUGUGCCUGGUUUUGGAAGCCCUACCACAACAAUGAUGAUGGUUCCAUAACCGCACUAGGGAAGCUAGGAAUAUACAUCAGUCGGGCAGUUCUGAUAAUGGGGUUGGCAAUAAUAGCCUCAUUCAUUCCAGGAUUUGGUGUGUUCAGCUCACUGGUGGGAAGUACUGUAUGUGCACUAAUCUCAUUUGUUUUACCAGCCUCAUUCCACCUGAAAUUGUUAGGUCCAUCCUUGAAUUUCUGGCAGAAAUCCUUGGAUAUCUUGAUAGUGUUUUUCGGGUUGCUUUUUGGUGCUUAUAGUACUUAUAACACCAUUGUUGGAGUAUCAGCCUGAAGGAAACUUUGUUUUCAGAAGAAAGACAAUCUUCAUGGAAUAGAUGAAGUGAAGGUGGAAGGAUGGAUGUGUCCAGAAAUCGUGGGACUGGACAUUGAGGGCAGAUAUGCAGGCUUCCAAAGCUUUUCUCAAGGUCUUAGUACUUUAGGAGACUAAGGAUAGAUAUCCUUAAAAGGUGUGGAUUUGGUUCCUUGGUUGAGACAUUUUUACCUUUUUGAUGAGAUUAUUUUCUUCCUCUAUUCUUUUCCAUAUCCUUUAAUUUUGAAACUCUAGAAAUAAAUGAAGUCUAUCAUA